AUGACCCGCGGUUGGAGCUUUGAGAGGGGGGCGGUGGGGCCGGGUGCAGACGUCCAGCCGCCGCGGACCACCAUGGCCAGCACCAGGCAGGAAGCAGCGUCUUUCAUUUCAGCUGAUGCUGAUGAGAUUAGGAGGCUGGGAAAGAGAUUUAAGAAACUUGACCUGGAUAAGUCCGGUUCCCUGAGCGUGGAGGAGUUCAUGUCCCUUCCAGAACUGCAGCAGAAUCCUCUCGUCCAGCGAGUCAUGGACAUAUUCGACACCGACGGCAACGGGGAGGUCGACUUCAUCGAGUUCAUUGAAGGAGUUUCCCAGUUCAGCGUGAGAGGAGACAAACAGCAGAAGCUUCACUUUGCCUUCCGGAUCUAUGACAUGGACAAAGACGGCUUCAUAUCCAACGGAGAGCUCUUCCAGGUCCUGAAGAUGAUGGUAGGCAGAAACCUGAAGGACACGCAGCUGCAGCAGAUUGUUGACAAAACCAUCAUCAAUGCAGACAAAGACGGCGACGGCAGGAUUUCCUUCCAGGAGUUCUGUGCGGUUGUCGGAGGAAUGGAUGUUCACAAAAAGAUGGUGGUGGACGUGUGACCCCAUCUCACCUCCAGCUGCUGCCUUCUGAUUGGACCAGAACUGUCAGCGUUCAGAGACGCUAACGCUGAGCUUCAGGAGUUUUUUGUUUUAAGACCCAUUUAUCCAGGACCCAGAAGACGGAUACGUUUAGGUGCGUAAUUCGGUCUGUUUUCAGCGAGCUUAGCCGUCGCUUGAUGCUGAAGACGGAGCACCGGAAACUACGGGGGCAGUGCUGAGCAGAACAGCUGACAUGCUCCUAGCCAAAGAAACAAACCAGAGAAGAGGAGGAGGAUCGGGAAGAGGGGAAACAAGCAGAACAAUGAAGACGAGGACGACAAAACUGUGCGAGCUUUUGAA